UUUGUGUGUUUGGAGCUGUUAGAGUCACUUGCAUCCGCGCAGAGUAGCGUCACAGACACGCGCUAAACCCCCGACUUACCAGCAGCCCUAGCAGCAGCCAACCAUCAACCACGAGCCAACAAGAUGCAGCCCUGUCGUAGCAGUUGGAGUGGCAUUGCGGCUCUUGCCGCUAUCGCCCUUUGCGCCGGUGUUGCUCUCGCUGCUCCCAACGUCCGUGUCAAGCGUGGCGAUGAAACCGAUGCCGCCCUCGAGCCUGCUGUCAACCCGCUCACGUCCCAGGAUGCGGUAGCCCUCGGCGACGACCUUGACCGUGACAAGCGCAAAGUUCCCGACCCGAAGUACGAGACCAAGAACGCCAUCCUCGGAUUCGUGUUUGGAAAGAUCAACUCGUUCAUUGACGCGAAGACGCGCUUCAUCGACAAGCUGGACCACGCCAACAUCGAGAAGAACAAGCAGCACCACAUCGAACCACCGAAGCCGGUGCCCGACUUCCAGUCGCUCAUCUCAUCCGUCAUCACUCCGAAGGUGCAGUUCAUCACGUCUAAAAUCGGUUCGCUGAGCGGCAGCUUCCUGGGCGGUUCGUCCGGUGGCCACGGGGGCGAUGACGAUCAUCACGGCAACGGGGGUAGCGGUGGAGCGCCUCAGCUCGGUAACAUCGUCUCUUCGCUGCUCAAGCUGUCCGGGCCCAUCCUGUCCGGUUCGUCUGGCUCGCAGCAUGGCGGUUCGAACACCGUCUCGCUUGGGGACCACGAUGACGACGAGUAGGGUGCGCAGGAACAUAAGGACUCGCAAGGACGCGUGAGGACGCACCUCCACGCGGGUUUCCACAGGCUCCUCAAAACUCAUCCCCUCAAACGCAUCUCAUGCACAUGAACCCAUCCUCGGUCAUCCACAGAAAACACACCCCCAACAAACACACACAUACACACCCAUACGUACGUACGGUAGGAUAUCGGAAUUGAUGCUUUUAUUUAAUUUGAUCGCCUCGCGCCUUGGGGAGCAGGCGUACGAGGCUUAGCGGGCACGGGAGGGACCUUAGAGGGGGAAUUUGAUGUACUCGUAUUCCAGUUCCAGACCUAUUAUUCCGCUCUUCUAACAGCUUCACUUUAUCUCUCUCUCUCUCUCUCUCUCUCUCACACACACACACUCUGUCUUUGUCACUUUCUUCAUCUGUUGUUUCUUUAUUUUCUCUUCUGUCCUCUUGUUGAAUUAAUUAUUCGUUAUUGGGUUUAUUGCCUGGUUGUUAAUCAAAGUUACUCGAAUUUGGCCGCCCAGCCAGCGUUAGGGAUAGUCCGUGUAAGAAGCGAUCUAAACCCACAUACACACACAUACGCAUAGGCACACACACACACACACUCACACACACUACCCCCUCGCCACGCUGGUACAUUCCGUAGAUCGAAGGCUCAAGACUCCUCAACACAAAACUCAUCUCAUUGGGACUCUCGGGACUGGGCGCGUAUCCGCUACGGAAUGCGGAAUGAAAACACAUGCAGGUGGGUUGUUCUUCCAACACCACCACCCGGGUGCGCCCUUCGUAGGGCUGGAAUGUGAGUGAAAGAGAAAGAGAUGGGCCAGCGCAGGAUGGAGCAUUUGAUUUUAGUUCGAAAAGCGCAGAAGAGGCCCACGGCAGGAGAUGCAUGCCAGGAAAAAAAAGGGUAGCCAACCGGUUCCGGUCGCACCGCGCGGACCGAUCGGCACGGGGAAAGGGGGUAGGUAGAUUGUAUGCGUAACUAUUCUUCUCGUUCAAUUUGUAAAUAAUGGAUUAAUAAAUGCAAAUC